GUUGUACUCCAGUCGUUUCACUCUGCUUGGCUGUCGCUCGCUCGCUCGCUCUGCUUUCACUGCGCCUGGUCGUGGGUUCUGCAAUUAGCGGCGCGUUUGUUUGCUGCUCGAUAAUUCCACUCGAGCGAGUCCCCCUGGUGGUUGUUGCCUGUCUUCCUCUUGCAGCCAGAAAACACCGGAAACUGUCCAAUCGUUCAAUACACCAUGGUUCGGUCGCUAUCGCUGGCACUGUUGGCCAGCCUGAGUGCUGCCGCUUCGGCCAUUCCCACAAUCGAGGUCAAGGGCUCCAAGUUCUUUACCAGCGAGGGCAAUCAAUUCUUCGUCAAGGGGAUUGCGUACCAACUGGUCCCAGAUGACCCUCUUAUCGACGCGAAGCAAUGCGGUCUCGACUCUGCCCUCAUGAAGACCAUUGGCGCAAACUCCAUCCGUGUCUACCAUGUUGAUGCCACGGCAGACCACACCGACUGCAUGAAGGCCUUUGCAGAUGCUGGAAUCUACAUCUGGGUGGACCUCGACACUUUCGACACGUAUGUCGAGCAAAAUACUCCCCGCUGGGAAGAUGACCAGCGCGAUGCCUACGCCAAAGUCAUGGACGAGUUCCACCAGUACGACAAUGUAGCGGGGUUCUUUGUCGGCAACGAAGCCAUCACUACUGGAAACGGCUCCGUUACGUCCCCCUACAUCAAGGCCGCCGCGCGUGACAUGAAAGCCUAUCGCGACAAAAAAGGCUACCGUAACAUCCCCAUCGGAUACUCUGCUGCAGACAUUGCUUCUCUCCGCCCCAUGCUGCAAAACUACCUCGCCUGCGGCAACAAUGCCUCUGAGCGCCUCGAUUUCUUCUCACUCAACGCGUAUUCUUGGUGCGGCGACAGCUCCUAUCAGCAAUCCGGCUACGAUAAUCUCGAGAAGAACGCCGACGAUCUGCCCAUCCCCAUCUUCAUGUCCGAGACGGGCUGCAACACUGUGCGGCCACGCGACUUCAAGGACCAAGAGGCCCUGUUUGGCGAAAUGUCCGAUGUCUGGUCUGGAAGUAUUAUCUACGAGUGGAUUGAGGAGCAGAACAACUACGGCCUGAUAAGCUAUGGCCCGCACGUUGAUCCGUCCAGCCCCGAUGCGCCACCAGAUGGUUUCCCUCGCUCAGGUAAGCCCACACCAGUAGAGCCAGAUUUCCCCAACCUCUCGGCUGUCUGGGCAACACUGAACCCCACGGGCGUCAAGGCCUCUGAUUACAAGCCCACACACACUUCCAUCGCCUGUCCCGCCUUCACAAAGGGCACUUGGGAAGUAAACCCCACGUCGGCCCUUCCGACCCUGGGCCAGAAACACAACUUCAACGGCUCCCCUACCUCGUCGGGUAGCUCGGGUGCAACGCCAACCGACGGCUCUGCCACGGACAAGUCUGGCACGGCAGAUGCCUCUGCACCCCAUUCAACUGGCAACGCGGCGGCGCCUGGUCUGGGCAAGGAACUGAAGAGCACGGGCGUCAUGCUUGGUGCUGUUUUGGCUGUUUUUGCUUGGCUCUGA